AUGAGACGAACACCUUUAUCGGGCAUCACGUUGAUGCAAUUAUGUACCAAUAUGGUUUUGGCUAUCAAGCACCAUCGUUUUGUUGAAAGAGAAAACCAACAAUCGUCCAUUUAUCGAAUGCUUGAUCUCACGCAUCCUUUCUUCGCUUACUUGGCAUGUGAGAAUGUCCCAUGUCUUGGCAAGUGGACUUUUGCAAAGCGUCGGGGUCCUUUGGAUAUUUACAAAUUUGAUGGAUAUAUGCGGAUCACUGUGGCACAAGCUAUUGGAGAUGUGGAAUACGCCAUUGGAGAAGUGGAACAACUCAUUUGA